GCACCGCCCCGUCGCUCGCUCUACAUAUAAAGCGGCGUGAAAGCCGCGCCUGCCACUGGCCGUUCCAGUUCAACACUCUCGGGUGCAGUGACACGGCCCAUAUGAGUAAUAGUAACGCAGCGAAGCGCAUGCGACUAGCUCUUCGUCCGCUUCACAGACAUUGUCAGGCGGUGGCUGACAGGUGUACUUAGAUCCAUCCGACGUCACCGACCCCUCUUGCAAACGACGCAUAUAUGCAUCGGGACCCCUGUCCUAGCAGCCCACGCAAUACUCUGAGCGUUUAGAUUUGCGACCGAAGUUGGUGUUCGCGGUUGGUUGUGAGACAGCGAGAGACAGCAGAACUGCGCUGCUGGUGUUCACUGGAUAUACAGCAGUCACGAUGCGCGCAUGAAUCACGACGGCAGCAUGGCCUUCCUGCGAAAAAAGGAGAUCAAGAAGGCGCAGUACUAUGUGUGGUUCCUCGGGACCAAGGAGAGCAAGGGUCUGCGCGGGGAGCAAUACAUUCGCCCGAUCGCGCGACACUUCAUCAACGAGAGCACCGACGACAAGUCGAAGGUGACGUUGCAGGUGUGCGACAAAGGCGUCAAGAUCGUGCAGAUCGUCACGAAGAAGGCGACGAGCAAGGCGAAGACGGACACGAUCAAGUACUUCAUCCCCGACCACUGCGUGACAUGCGUCCGCCACGAGGCGGCACCCAACGACGACAUCGUCUCCGCCAUCUUGCUCAUCUACAACCCGGAGACGGAGUGUCCCGUGCACGUGCACUCGUACCGCUGCGACUCCGUCGAGACGGCGACGCGGCUAGGUCUGCAUCUCAACCAGCUCGUGCACAAACCCGAGAACCAACGUCGCUUCGAAGCUCUCGAAGAGAAGCUGACCCGCCAGGGCGUGCUGCCAGCGCCGCACGCACCCCUGGCGGCGGGGGACGCCGCAGUCCUCCCUGAUGUGUCUCACGGCUGCGUGUCGCAGACAAUGAUCGGUGACCUGACGAAGGAACUCGAGCAGAGGUUCGAUGCGGAGAAGGUGCCGAUCCUGCUGCCCCCUCGCGACUACGACACGAUGUGCCGCAACCACGGCCAGCUCGACCGCGUUCGCAACCGCAAGUCUCUCCAGGUGAGCAUCGUCGGCGGGAACUCAGCCGUGCGCGAGGAGGACGAGGGCGAGGAGGAGGAGACGAUAGAGGAGGAGGAAGAGGAGGCGGUGCCUCCGCGGCCCACGUCGGCGUUCGAAGGCCGAUCGAGUGGCAUCGGGAGCAGUUCGGAUGGAGAGCUACGCGGCAGGCCGUUACUGUCGACGGUGUGCGGGACAACCCACGCCCGCCAGUCAAGCACCGACAGUGCGGGCGUCGACAGCGGAAACAUGUCCGAGGACGAGAAGGCGUACAUGAACAGAGCAGCUGUCUCCUUCACGCAACAGCAACAGCAGGGGCAGCGACAGUGGCAGCAAAAGCAACAGAAGCAGCAGCAGCAGCAACAGCCGCAGCCCGCCACCGAACGCCAGCUAAUCAAAAACCAUGGCAACGCCGGCAGUGCUCAUGACGUCAUCUUGCGUCGCUGGCCCGGUAAAGUGCUCACGCCCUCUGGCAACGACUCCGGUAGGGUCGCCAACGACAAACGAGGUGCCGUAUCUCACUCGCGAAACCGGAGAAACGAUGGCGUAGAGGAUUCUGCCAGCACUAACAACGUCGGAUGGUUACUACAGGGUAUGAGACUGCCGGAAUACGACUGCGACCGCGCACAGAGUCGCCACAGUGACGGUCGAACAAGCCACGCACACGGCGGCAGUGACAAAAACUUGGCGCGGAGGAUGGUUCGUGGAACAGGCGAGGUAGACAGGCCUGGCUACGAUGCGCACAGGGGUGGCUGCGAUGUCGCUAUUGGUACUAACAGUGAGCCUGAUUGCAGCGCGAGCGCCUACUUUGGUGUCGAUCACGACUACCCGCUUAGGCAGAAGGAAGUGCGCAGCCUGUGGGAGAACGAGAACACAGCUAUGCAGGAGCCAUCGUCGACUCGCAGAAUGAGAUCCGCGGCCGAGGAGGUGUCCGCUCAUCGAGGCAUUCUCCGACCACGCCACGAUGACCAGUUGACCAGGUCAUCUGCCAGAGCGUUCCACGCUGGGCCCGAUCACCCGAUGAUGUCAUAUCUCUACACCGAUCCCCCUGAAUGCCCCAUCGAUGACCACCACGCAAAGUCCGUCGAGUUCUCGGAGGGUACUAAGAACUCGUACGCCCGCAGGUGCGAUGGGGGCACGCCUCCCAUGCACGAUCCCUCGAUGCAGCACGCUAACAUCGGCAAAGAGGAGUAUCAGCGCAUGCUUCAACACAAUCACAGACGCCCCACCGACGCCGAGCAGCGGCACAUCAUGAGUGCGGCGAACGCCAGCAGGGAGCAGCAGCGUCGGCAGGACAACAUUGCCGAGCUGCAGCCGGCAGCGGGGCGGCCCCGUAACUACGAGCAGCCUGCUUUCUUCGGCGAGAUGCGACGCCAACCGACCCGCGUCAUGUUUGCGUCGACGCCCGAUCUGAAUCAGAAGCUGGACGAGCUGUUCGAACGCCGAUACAUGUUGGAUGAACGCGACGCAUUUCAGCGUCUCGACGCAGCUCACGGUCGCGAAGUAGCCUACGGUCGUGACGCAGCAUACGGCCGUGACGCAGCAUUCGGCCGUGACGCAGCCAUUAGUCGUGACGCAGCUCACGUUCGUGACGUAUCUCAUGGUCGUGACGCAGCUUACGUUCGUGACGUAUCUCACGGUCGUGACGCAGCUUACGUUCGUGACGCAGCUCACGGUCGUGACACAGCCUACGUCCGUGACGCACCUCACGGUCGUGACGCACCUCACGGUCUCGACGCCCACCUGCGACGCAGUGCGCGUCUCGGUCACGACGCGACACAGCGUCAUGACGCAUUGCACGAGCACAAGCGCGGGCGAGGUUGGUCACAGGAGCGUUUGCCGCAAAUGUGUGCGCAGCCUUCGCGGCCCGUCAAUCUCGUGCCACUCAACGUUCGCAUGUGAGAAAGAUGCGCGUGCCGCAGUGCGUAUGUCGUUGCAUGAUGAGUAACAGGUAAAAUACGGGGGUUCGAUAUCGGAAACAUCACACACACACACAUACACACACACACACACACACACACACACACACACACACACACACACAC